AUGGGCUCGGAGGCGGCGGGGAUGGGCCCCGAGGCGGCGGGGAUGGGCUCCGAGGCGGCGGGGAUGGGCUCCGAGGCGGCGGGGAUGGGCUCCGAGGCGGAGGGCGCGGGCUCCGAGGUGGCGCGGCUGCUGGAGGCCGUGGACUUCGCAGCCAGGAAACACAAGGAGCAGCGGCGGAUGGACCCCGAGGGCACCCCGUACAUCAACCACCCCAUCGCCGUGGCCAGGAUCCUGGCGCAUGAGGCCGGCGUGACGGACCUGGUGGUGCUGCAGGCGGCGCUGCUGCACGACACGGUGGAGGACACGGCCACCACGCUGGCGGAGCUGGAGGAGCGCUUCGGCGCCGAGGUGCGGCGCGUGGUGGAGGAGGUGACGGACGACAAGAGCCUGCCCAAGGCCGAGCGCAAGCGGCUGCAGAUCGAGCGCGCCGCCGGCUCCAGCCGCCGCGCCAAGCUGGUCAAGCUGGCCGACAAGCUGCACAACCUGCGCGACCUGAACCGCUGCACGCCGCGAGGCUGGUCGGAGGAGCGCGUGCAGGAGUACUUCCGGUGGGCGGCGCGCGUGGUGUCCGGGCUGCGCGGGACCAGCGCGGCCCUGGAGGGGGCGCUGCAGCGCCUGUUCGAGGAGCGCGGCGUGCCCGCGUGACCGGGCCGCGCCCGCGCCUCCGCCAAUAAACGUGCGCACAGCU